CAGCCUCUUCAUCCGAACCUUCGAUCACUCCUGGACCCGGAAUACGUCGCUUUCCAUGACCAAUUCAUGCAGUAUGUCAUUCCGGAUGAUCAGAAGGAGUGGGAUGGAUCAGCAAGGACACAAGCGUCUCUGACGCCUGGCGGAUCUAUGCCAUUGAGGGUUAGUCUCAUACGAGAUGUCCCACUGGAGAACUGUAGUGUACGGGUGUUUGUGCCUGAUUCAAGUCAGCCGGUCUCCAAGUAUCCUGUGCUGCUGUGGUUCCACGGUGGGGGCUGGGCCAUUGGUGGGCUGGAUAGCGAGAACGACUUCUGCACGUAUAUCUGCCAAACAUCUCAGUGCAUUGUCUUGUCUGUCGACUACCGGCUCGCCCCAGAGUUUCCAUAUCCCGCUGCAGCAGAAGACGCGAUCGAAGCUUUCCAGUGGCUAUUUCGAGAGGCGCACAAGUACUAUAAUGUCGAUACCACGAGAGUGGCUAUCGGAGGGACCUGCGCAGGCGGCAAUCUCGCGGCAGUACUUGCGCUCGAGGCAGCAUGCCUCUUCAAGCAGUUCAAGCCAAUAUUUCUUCUGCUGAUCGUGCCUGUGAUCGACAACACCGCAACGCCAGGUAACGGGUGGUACAACCUACACGCACCUUGGCUCACUCCACAACGCAUGUUGUGGUAUCGAAGAAUGUAUCUGCCGAACGGACAUGGCCGAGACGCGCUGUUCGGCAGAGAAGAUUGGCAAGUCAGUCCACAUCUGGCGCCCGGCAAGCUGCUCAGUAAGUGUCCUCCGACAUGGAUAGCUGUGGCUGAGCACGAUCUGCUCGCUACGGAGGCUCUAGCGUUCUCGAGCCGGCUUCGAGCAGCGGGAGUUCAGGCGUCGGUGAGCGUGUACCAAGGAUCGACCCACUCAAUCCUGGCCUUGAAUGGCGUUUUGAGCAAAGGCAGAGAAUUGAUGCUCGAUGCGGCAAUGCAGCUGAAUGGCGCGUUU